AUGUCAGACUCAGCUGCCGCAGCCUCAUCCUCCUGGGAUCCAGCAUCCUGGCGCUCAAAACCUAUCAAGCAGGCCCCCGCCUACCCGGACCCCAGCAAAUUGACGUCCGCCGUGGACGAGCUCAACCGCCUGCCCCCCAUCGUCCACCCCAAUGAGAUCCAGCGCCUCAAGGCUCACCUGCGCGACGUCGCCGCGGGCAAGGCCUUCCUCCUCCAGGGCGGCGACUGCGCCGAGCUGUUCGACUACUGCGAGCAGAACGCCAUAGAGUCCAAGAUCAAGCUGCUGCUGCAGAUGAGCCUGGUGCUGAUCUGGGGCUCGGGCAAGCGCAUCGUGCGUAUUGGUCGCAUGGCCGGCCAGUAUGCGAAGCCGCGGUCCAGCCCGACGGAGAUUGUGGAUGGCAAGGAGCUUCCCAGUUUCAGGGGAGAUAUCCUGAAUGGGUUCCACGUUGAUGAGCGUGAGCUGGAUCCUCAGCGGCUGGUCAAGGCCUACCACUACUCCGCCGCCACCCUCAACUACAUCCGCACCAGUAUCGCAUCAGGUAUCGCGGAUCUUCACCGGUCCCUUGACUGGGGCCUGGGCCACGUCCAGGACCCGGAGCUAAAGUCCAAGUACUCGGCCAUCGCGAGCAGCAUCCAGAGCACCCUGCGCUUCCUCAAGGCCAUCGAGUCCAGCCAGUCCGGCCUCGACUCGGUCGAGCUCUUCACCAGCCACGAGGGCCUCCUCCUCGAGUACGAGCAGGCCCUGACGCGCCUCAUGGAGAACUCGUCCGUGCCCGCGGCGCCCUCGGCGGCGCCCCGCAAGGCCUACUACGACACCUCAGCGCACUUCCUCUGGAUCGGCGACCGCACGCGCCAGAUCGACCACGCCCACGUCGAGUUCUUCCGCGGCAUCGCCAACCCCAUCGGCGUCAAGGUCGGGCCCUCGACCCCGCUCGCCGACAUCCUCGACCUCCUCCGCACCCUCAACCCGGACCGGGAACCGGGCAAAGUCACCCUCAUCACCCGCUACGGCGCCGGCAAGGUCCGCGACCUCCUGCCCCAGCACAUCCGCGCCGUCGAGGACUCCGAGUACGCGCGCACAGUCGUCUGGCAGUGCGACCCCAUGCACGGCAACACCCUCUCCACGCCCACGGGCAUCAAGACCCGCCGCUUCUCAGACAUCUACGCCGAGCUGCAGGACACCCUGCGCAUCCACAAGGAGCAGGGGAGCCACCUCGGGGGGCUGCACCUCGAGCUGACAGGCGACGCCGUGACAGAGUGCCUCGGCGGGAGCGAGGGCCUAGUCGAAGAUGACUUGUCUACCAACUACACCUCCUUCUGUGACCCGCGGCUGAACGAGAAGCAGGCGCUCGAGCUGGCGUUCUUGGUUGCUGAUCACCUUGCGCAGGAGGGUGAUGCCUAG